AUGGAGACCCCUGGAGACUACAGCUCCUAUGUGCGAGUGACUCCCAGGCUCCUAGCCCAGCUGCAGGAGUUGGAGCCCCGAGUGCUGCGCAGACGCUUGUCUCAGGCCCGGCACCGGGCCACGCUGACCAGACUCUUCAACAGGCUUAGGAAAACGGUUUUUUCUCAGUCUGAUAGUACAGCAUCAAAGUGGCAGGUUUUGCGUAAGGCGAAGAAUCACAUUCAGGAACUGGAACAAACAUUGGAUAAUUUGCUGAAGAUGAAAGAAUCCUUCAACCUGGAAGAUGGAAAUGCAUCCACUUUAGAGGAAGUCAAGGAAGAGUAUGCUAGGAUGUAUUCCAACAAUCACAGCAUGACAUCAGAAACCAUGGGUGGGAAUGGUUCAGCCAUCUGGUAUCUGAUUCAAGAGUUUGACCGAGAAGUUGUGGAGGAGGAAGAAGAGGAGAGAAGGGGUGAACUCUCCCACUCAUCCCCUGUUACCUCAUCUCCUGACUUGGUGGAAUUUGAACGAUACCUCUAUUUCUACAAGCAGACCGUGGACCUUCUGAUCCAGAGUGGGAUUGUCUUGCCUGAGCAGGUGACCCUUCCCAUCGUCUCUGCAGCCAUCUCCCACCUGUGGCAAGAACUUCCGGAAGAGAAGAGAGAGAGCAUCCUGCAGGCCUGCGCUCAGAGACAAAGCGGCUUCGUAAGUGCCGAGGCUUCCUGCCCGGAGCCCGCCGCUGAGGGCAGCAUGGAGGGCAGCAUGAAGGGCAGUGGCGUUGACAGCCAAGAGGCCAGUGGAUCCCUGGUCUCCACUCCAGAGGAGAUCCUUUUUGAAGAUGCAUUUGAUGUGGCUGCAGAUGUUUCCAGCCCCAGUUCAGUGUGUGCAAGCUGCAGCUCAGAAAAUCCAGAGGAAAACAGUCAACUCUAUGUGCAGAUCAUCAAUUUCUUAAAAGGCCUUUUCUGUACUAACACACAAUUGCCACAGGAAGUGACCAUCCCACUGGAUGAUGAGACAGUAAUGCUGAGAUGCACUGAAACCUUUGAUGAUGAUGACUUAUAAAACCUGGAGAGUUUCCGUGGUUGAAUGCAUUGCUGAAAGCAAUUGCACCCAUAUCCCCAUUUGAGAGCUUUGGGGUGUCUUUUGGGCUUUCCUGGACACAUUUGGAAUGGUCUUAGGUUCCAACUAUUUAUAAAGUAUUUAAAUAUGAA